AUGUCUAAAGCCUGCUUGCUUUUGUUUCUCGUUGGAGUGGUGGUUUUUAUCAUCACUCCUUCUAUAGCUAACCAACAUCAUGGUAAUGAGCUUCCCAAGGGUAAUGGUAGGAAGCCUUUCCCAGGUGAGAAGCAACCACAACACAAGCCAUUCCCCGAACACCGACCACCAAUACACCGUGGACCUGGUGGUAAGGGGGAGGAGCCACCACAUGGAGAAAAACCUCCUCAUAGACACUUAUUGAAUGUGGAAGUUGAGGGCACACAUAAACCUCCACGAUACUCAGGUGGUAAACCUCCAAGACACUCGGGAGGUAAACCUCCACAUGUUGAGGGGUUCCUUGCUGGUAAAGCACCCAUGAAGCCAUUCCCUGGUGACAAACCAUCUAAGGGUAAUGAAAAGGGAGCACCUCAUGAACCUAAACCUCCUCAUAGACACUUAUUGAGUGUGGAAGUUGAGGGCACACAUAAACCUCCACAACACUCAGGUGGUAAACCUCCACGACAUUCAGGGGGUAAACCUCCACAUGUUGAAGGAUUUCCUGGUGACAAACCAUCCAAGGGUAAGGGAAAGGGGGCACCUCAUGAACCCAAACCUCCUCACAGACACAUAUUGAGUGUGGAAGUUGAGGGCAUACAUAAACCUCCACAACAAUCAGGUGGUAAACCUCCACGACAUUCAGGGGGUAAACCUCCACAUGUUGAAGGAUUCCCUGGUGACAAACCAUCCAAGGGUAAGGGAAAGGGAGCACCUCAUGAACCAAAACCUCCUCAUAGACACCUAUUGAAUGUCGAAGUUGAGGACACACAUAAGCCUCCACAACACUCAGGGGGUAAACCUCCACAUGUUGAAGGAUUCCCCGACGGUAAGCCACCCAUAAAACCAUUCCCCGGUGACAAACCAUCCAAGGGUAAGGGAAAGGGAGUACCUCAUGAACCUAAACCUCCUCAUAGACACCUCUUAAGUGAGCCACACAAAUAUGUGAUACCACCCAAAGGUAAGGGAGAGAAGCCUCCCCAUGAGCAGAAACCACACCAUGGACACCACCCAAGGCACCAUCUGGGAAUAGAAAAUUAA